GAUUUUGAGACAAUUAUAAACUUCAACGUCUAAAUUGCAAAACAAAUAAGUGUACUUAUUGUAAAAUGCCGCUUUGAAGAUAAUUUUAGUUAUAUUUUUUCAGGAAGCUAAAGUUAAUAAAUACGUUAUUUGCUAAAAUAAUAUGAGUAAGCGUAAAAAUCCAUCCGUAAAUGACAAUCUCAAUGCAGAUUUUUGCGAAUUCUUAAUAGAAUUGGCAGAUUACGAGAAGAAUGUGAGUCGUAAUAUUCAUAAGUUCAAUGCUUACAGAAAAGCGGCUAGUGUUUUAGCAUCGCUUAGUAAAAGAAUUGAAUCAGGGGAAGAAGCUAGAAAAUUAAAUGGCAUAGGAGAAAAGAUUUCUAAGAAAAUAGAUGAGUUUUUGCAUACAGGAAAACUAAAAAAAUUGGAUAAUAUACAUGAAGAUGAGAACGCUCAGAUUAUUGGCUUAUUCACACGAAUAUCGGGUAUUGGACCGGUAAAAGCUGCAGAUCUCCUAAACAUGGGUAUAAAAUCAAUAGAGGACUUAAAAAAUAACAAAGAUAAACUAAACCAUCAUCAACUUAUUGGUUUAAAGUACUUUGAAGACUUUCAAAAGAUGAUCCCAAGGACAGAGAUUCAAGAAUUAGAAAAUGUUAUUACAACGGAAAUUCGAAAUUUGGAUCCUCAAUUUACUGUUACAAUUUGCGGCAGUUAUAGACGUGGAAAAUUAGAAAGUGGCGAUAUUGAUGUCCUGAUUACUCAUCCUUCACUUAAAUUAGGAGAUGAAAAAAGAAAAUGUCAUGAAAAAUUAUUGAAGAAUAUAGUAGCAGCUUUAAAGAGUUGCAUCACUGACAUCAUAUCAAUGGGUGAAACAAAAUUUAUGGGAGUAUGUCGUUUAUCAAACAACCAUCCAUUUCGUCGUUUAGACAUACGUCUUAUUCCUAAAGAGCAGUAUUAUUGUGCUGUUCUAUAUUUCACGGGGAGUGAUGUCUUCAAUAAGAAUAUGCGGUCACAUGCUCUUGAGAAGUCUUUCACUCUAAAUGAAUAUUCUUUAAGACCUAUUGGAGUCACUGGGAUUCCAGGUGAACCAGUGCAAAUUGAAUCUGAAGAAGAAAUUUUUGACUACAUUGAAUACCCACACAAGAAGCCAGAAGAGAGAAAUAUGUAAUUGAUUUUUUAAAUUAGUAUGUAAUACUGAGCUCGAAUAUUUUUCACUAAUAUAACAUGA